UCAAGUUCUGAACCACCACCAGGCACCAGCAGCGCGCGCGCCUUCAUCCGGUAGAUCCUUUCGAGCCGCCUCGCGGAUCCAUGGCUGCCGCCUCGAAUCUCGUCAACGGCGGCGUAGCGGCGCUGCAGAUUGAGGGGGAGCCAGAGGAACCACAGAGUCAGACCAACGCGGCAGCAGCGUUGGCCCCUGUCCCCUGGCUGCCUUCCGUGGCGGAGCGGUACGAGCGCCGCGAGAAGCUGGGCGAAGGCAUGUUCGGCGACGUGUACGAGGCCUGGGACCGCGUGCACGACCACCUCGUCGCCGUGAAGAGGCUCUCGGGGAGGACCAACGAUCGCUUCGUGAAGACAUCCAUCCCCGAGUUCGCGCGAGAGGUCAUGUCCCUGGCGGCGUGUCGCGGCCACCCUUCCAUCGUCCAGCUCCUGGCCACGCACGUCGACGGCAACCGCGCCGACGGUGACUGCUUCGCCGUCACGGAGCACGCCGGGCCCAUGAACCUGCGCCAGUACAUGGACGCUCGCCGCGCAAACGGAGAUCCGUUCGACGAGGACGAGGUACGCGACGUCAUGAGGCAGCUCCUUGCCGGCGCGGAGCACACGCACGGGGCGGGCGUCCUGCACAGGAACAUCGUCCCGGAGAACGUGGUCGUCGGCAUGGACGGCGCGACCAGUAAGAUGGUGUACAAGAUAUGCGGCUUCGGCAUGUCCAAGCCGGCGGCGCAGACAGACAAGGACGACUCUGGGCUGUUGGCGUCGCCCAGCCCGUACCGCGCGCCGGAGCUUUUCCUCGGCUCCAAGGACUACGACGGACGGGUCGACACAUGGUCGCUUGGCUGCAUCAUGGCCGAGCUCGUCACCGGCGCCGGCGUACCUUUCUUUGGCGGCGCGCUGGACAAAGAGGUCUUUGACAAGAUGAUGCACGUGGUCGGCACCAAGGGCAUCGUCAAGUGGCAAGGGCUGGAGCGUGUGGCGCCGAGGGAGAAGGUGGCCAGCCUUCAGAAGGUGGGACACCGGGAGCGCGGCUACCUGCACAAGAUGUUCCCGCCGAAGGUGCUGUCUUCGGCUGGCUUCAAGGUCUUGGAAGGGCUGCUGCACAGCAACCCGGAUCGUAGGCUCUCCGCAGCGGACGCGCUUAGGAUGCCAUGGUUCCGGCGUCGUUGCUCCUUGGGUGCCUGCUUCAUGCCUCAUGGUGCUAGCAUGAAAAGCGGCUAGCUCCAAAAUGCACUAUUUAGAGAUGCUAGGUAUAGGCUAGAUCACUUGAAUUUACCAUAGCCGAAUAAAAGAUCUUCUGAGAUCCUUACAAACAGAUUGAUAUUUAAGUACUUUCGUAUGUUUAUGCAGAGACAUAUUUAUAUUGUA